AUGGAGUCCCUCCGCUCCCCCACCCUCCCCGAACCCACCAGCCCGCCGGCCGCCAACCCGGCGCCGCCGGCCACCCAGCCCAACCCCCCCCACCCCUGCUCCACCUCUAGAGGUAAGCGGCCGGCUUCCCUCUCUCCCCACGCACCACCCUUCUUCCCCAGCGGCAACCCAGGGCGUUCCAAGACCAUGCGUUGGUCGGACGACGCCGUCUACUCCGACUACGAGAGCGAGGCCGAAACCGCGCCGUCGGCGAAACCAUCCUUCCUCGACGUCGUCCGCCGGGGCUCUUCGGCACAGGUAGGCCUGGAGGCAGGGACCACAUCCCAGCCGCACACCUGUGCUGUCGAGACGCAGCCAGUGGCGACUGUGCGGGAAGACGGCGCCCACUCGGCGCGUCGCAAGCGGAAGCCUAGGCGCCCAUCCGGCGGGUACGGGUCGGCGCAUCCCCGCCUAGCAGCGACUGGGCAGCCGGGCGCCGACAGCUCAGUCGUGGAUGACCGUGAGCCCCUACUACCUGGUCACCCAGAGGAGCGGCAGUGGGAGAGCGCGGUCAUCAUUCAGCGCAGCGCGGUCAUCGACGCCGCCGAAGCAGGUCUUCGGCUGGCUCUCACGGCCAUGGCGGCUGAUGCGACGCACAUCGUGUCCAUCGCUGACGCGGCGCGGGCCAUCCGGAGCAUCAACGGUGUGGUGGAGGGCUCAUUCUCUAUCGCUCUGUUCUACCCCGAGAACUUCCUUGUCCGGUGCCAGUCCAUGCAGGUCCAGGACAGAAUCCUGGCCGCGCCGCCGUUGCAUGUGCCCGGGACAUGGCUGGUGCUGCGUCCAUGGACGCGCCUGGCUCAUGCAAAAACAGCAACGAUGAAGUUCAAGACCGACCUCUCCGCAUACAAGCUCUCGGCUUGGACGUGCGACCCAAGGGCCAUCCCAAAGGUGGUGUGGUUGCACAUCGCCGAGAACGAGAUCGUGGGUGCCACGGCGAACAACCUCCACUUCAGCAACCUUCCUCCAUACCUCCGGCGGAAGGACGUUCUCAGCUACCGCGUUCUCGUGCAUAUCCGGAACGUUUACAACUUCGACCCGGCCAACCCGUCGCCACCGCCUUCGCCGCCGGAGUCCGACGACGGCGACAGCGGCCACGACGACAACCCCGAUAGGCACCACUUCCACCGGGGAACCGGGCCCCGCAUCUAG